AAAACCUGUUGACUAUCAGAUUUGUCUACCUUGAACCACAAGCAAUACGAACACACUGUGUGCUACAAAGUGACGCCUGUCUUUUCAGUGCACCAAACAAAAGUUUUAACGGCGGAGUAACCGGAAAAGACAAUGGCUACACCUACAAAAAGUGAAGGCGAUGAUAUAAAACCAGGCCAUCAUGAAACAGAAGUCUGUUACGAAGGCGAAUUUGAAUUAGAUAAGCACCAACAGGACUGUAAGAAGAACCCCGGCCAUGUUAACUUUAUACCUAUAAAAGAUUUUGAUUACGAUCAUCUCCCUGAACGUUAUCAGGAUCUAGACAUGAUGCAAGUGAUCCAGUCGUUGGCAGCACUCACUGUUAAGCUGAAAGUCAAGUGCACUAGUAAGGAAAGACCUCCAUAUGCUUCCUUCUAUACCGGGGGUUUUCCAUUUUAUAAAGAUGGUGGAGGUAAAUCAAUACGAAUUGGAACUGGCAAGAUCGAGUCUGCUUUCAUUAAGAAGGGAAACCUUACAGCUUCGGAAUAUGUACCUUUAGAAAUCUGUCCAUGUGACAUAUGCAAAACCUCAAGUAAUCCAGUCGAUCUGUGGGGGGAGAUAAAAGUUGUGACAGCCAUACAUGUUGUGUUUGAUGAGGAAGAAGCAAAAAAGACCGAAGUUAUCGUAGAUUUGGCUGACGAGAAAACUCCUGGUGCAACCUUGAAGGGAACACGCGUGGAGAGCUGUAGUGUAGAGGGAGACAGGUGUGAGGUUAUCUGUGUGACACACGACUUAGAAGUGGUGAAAAAACUUCAGCAGGUGAUAGAUACAUUUCGGGAGCAAUACAGAUUAGUGAAGAUCAAAUAUAUUUACAAUCACUCUGCUAAAAAAGAAAACUUGGUAAUCGUAGUGUCACAUCCACAUGGUAAAGCUAAAAAGAUCUCGCUUGGCCUUGUCGUUAAGGAAACGAACUUUAAAGCUGACUUGACCUUUAGCAGGUACACGUACACGGCACCCACCUGCCCAGGCAGCAGCGGCGCCCCAGUAUUUGUAAUGGGGUACAAUGGAAUUAUGAUGCACACCCAUGCAGGGGCGAAUAAAGAUGAAAAUUUUAGCGGGGAAGCCCAUUCGUAUUUUUAAUCUUGCAAACUCUCAACUUAAAACGAUCAGGAAUGAAAAACUUAUUUUUAAAACUAUUUAAUUAACGCAAGAAAAAUGGGUUACCGCUGGGGACACUUGGAGAAACUAGCACAAGAAAGAUGGGUUAUCACUGGGGACAGUUAGAGAAACUAGCACAAGAAAGAUGGGUUACCACUGGGGACAGUCGGAGAAACUAGCACAAGAAAAAUAAAGUUGAAAAUGUCAGCUUGGAACGUCACUGAUUUUCUUAAUCAUGCAACUCUCAACAUAAAAAGAUAAGGAAUGAAAAAGUAAUUUAAAGUUUAUUUUAUUUACAGCCUAACAGCAAAAACUAUUUCAAUCUCUUAUUUGUCGUUAUUUAAAGAGCAAAUAAUAAUGUAUAUCUCUUUUUUAAAACAAUGUUAUC